CCAAACACUCUACUUCCUUUCCACAACGUGCUGCUAUCGAGUUAUAUCGAGUCAAAAUGCAGAAAAAACAAAAGGAGCCGAUCCAGUCCGUGCAAGUUUUCGGACGUAAGAAAAGCGCGACCGCGGUAGCUUAUUGUAAACGCGGACGUGGAAAUCUGCGCGUCAAUGGCCGACCUCUGGAGUUAGUAGAGCCUCGAGUGCUUCAGUACAAACUGCAGGAACCUAUCCUGCUGUUGGGCAAAGAGAAGUUCUCUGGAGUUGAUAUAAGAGUGAGAGUGAAUGGUGGUGGUCAUGUUGCACAGAUCUAUGCCAUACGUCAGGCUAUUUCCAAGGCUCUCGUUGCGUACUAUCAGAAAUAUGUCGAUGAGGCCAGUAAAAAAGAAGUAAAAGACAUUCUUAUUCAAUAUGAUCGCACUCUCCUUGUUGCUGAUCCAAGGAGAUGCGAACCGAAAAAGUUUGGUGGUCCAGGAGCCAGGGCACGGUAUCAAAAAUCUUACCGUUGAGGUCCACAAAUUUUGUACUACAAUUUAUUUAUAUUAUUAAAUAAAAAUUGAGUAAAAGUACAAAUAUCUUA